GUUCUCUUCUUGAAUUGUUGCAGUCUGUGUGCUGUUGGUAAAUCCACAGUGCCGUAGGAGAGGGGGGUUCCAUGAGUUUGGCUGAGUGCCAAUAAAGGAACAUCAUAUGCUCUCCAGUCUGCAGGUGAGUGGCUUGCAGGGGAACCGAACAUUAUAUGCUCUUCAGUCUGCAGAUGAGUGGCUUGCAGGGGAACCGAACAUCAUAUGCUCUCCAGUCUGCAGAUAAACAGGAGGCUGGAAAAACACAGCAGGCCAGGCGGCGUCCAAAGGAGUCAAAGUCAACAUUUCAGGCUCUAGAAUCUGGCAACAUAAAACCAUAAAACAUAGAAGCAAAUGUAGGCCGUUUGGUCCAUCGAGCCUGUUCUGCCAUUCAAUGCGAUCAUGGCUGCUCUGAUAAGCCAGACCUCAAAGUGCGGGCUACAUUGGUGUGGAGAGUACCAGGAAGCUGUUCUUCCAUUUCCCUUGGCCCACAAAAACUGCGUAAAGGAGCGGGAGCACCAGAGGAAGUGACGAGGACCAGAGGGGCAGCCGGGAAGGAAAGCAGUGAGUAUAAAUACUCACCCUUCGACGCCAACGGCCAUUUUGAGUGCGAGCAGCAGCGGAGGCAAGACGGACCCGGAAGACUGCAGCUAAGGUAAAGCAGUUUAUUUUUAAAAUUACUUACAGAUAGCGGGCAGCGGUGUUUUUUUUUUCCUCUUUCAGAGAAGGAGCGGGAGCACCAGAGGAAGUGACGAGGACCAGAGGGGCAGCCGGGAAGGAAAGCAGUGACCAUAUAUAUCAGCAAGGUGGCUAAACCCGAGACUCUACAACUGUAGUGUCUCCCUCCUUCUCUAACCUAGUUAAUAAGGUCACCUCCUCAGUGCGUUUGUGCUUAUGUUGCCUCUCCAGCAUUUGGUGAAGCUGUACCUAUAUUUGCUGACGGCCUCGUUGCUGUACAUGGGACACCAGACCUGCAGGAACUAUGUUCUUAAAGAGCUUGAAUCGGGAUACGAUGGGGCAGUGUAUCUUGACUUAGUAGCACUUCAGCGUUUCGUCAGUGCACUAACAGCACAACUCCUGGUCUUGUGUCUCAGUUCUUUCUUCAUGAGGCCCAAGCCAUUCUGGUUGUUCUCUGCCCACCUGGUCCCUUUGCUCGCCAGGCUCUGUAUGGUGCCCCUCACCGCCCUCCUCAUCCUCAACAAGUUGACCAUCAUCUUCACCAGCCUUGAGGUGCUCUACUUCCUGCUGUGUAACAUGUUUGUGCCCUACAACCUGGCCAAGUCUGCCUACCGAGAGAUUGUGCAGGAGAGUGAGCUGUACGGAGUGCUGGGCCUGGGCAUGAUGCUGUGGAACCAGUUUGCAGUGCCAGCUCUCUUCACCACAUUCUGGCUGGUGCUGUUUGUCACCGAGACCUACUUCUACCUCAGCUCGCACAACCAGCAGGGGGCAUCGCAAGAGGGCCCGGUCUUCGCCUUCCUCACCAGUGUAGCUGGAUGCUGUGUUACUCCAUACUCUCUAGUGGGUCUGACGUUCACAGUCUCUCGGCUGUCGCUGGGCUUGCUCACUCUGUGCAAGUUUUACCUGCAGGGAUAUUCAGCUUUUGUGAAUGGCAACCUCAUGCACAGAGGUGUGACUGAAGGGGUGACCUUUCUGCUGCUGGCACUACAGACUGACCUCAUUGACCUGCACAUCUUGCAGCGUACCUUCCUUCUCAGCAUCAUCCUGUUCAUCAUAGUCGCCUCCAUCCUUCAAUCGAUGCUGGAGAUCACUGACCCCAUCGUCCUUGCACUGGGAGCUUCUCGGAACAGGAGUUUAUGGAAGCAUUUCCGGGCAGUCAGCAUGUGUCUUUUCCUGUUGGUCUUUCCCAGUUUUAUGGCCUACAGGAUUGCGCAGUUUUUCGAGAUGGACUUCUGGCUAUUGAUCAUUGUCUCCAGCAGUGCACUGACUUCUCUCCAGGUUACUGGGACUAUCUUCAUCUACGGCCUUUUUGUGACCGAAGACUUGAGGAGGGAGCCCAUCGAGAACCUGGAGGACGUAAUCUAUUACGUCAACAGCUCGUGCCGGAUCCUGGAGUUCCUCGUGGCCGUGUGCGUUGUGGCCUACGGUGUGGUGGAGUCCAUCUUCGGGGAGUGGAGCUGGAUGGGGGCCUCGGUCAUUGUCGUGCACUCUUACUUCAACGUCUGGCUGCGUGCCCGCGCCGGCUGGAACAGCUUCGUCCUCCGAAGAGAGGCUGCCCAGAAGAUCAGCUCACUGCCCCGUGCCUCCCAGCAGCAGCUUGACGACUAUGCUGAUGUCUGUGCCAUCUGCUACCAGGGUAUGAGGGCAGCUGUUGUAACAGUUUGUGGACAUUAUUACCAUUCAUCCUGCCUCCGGCGCUGGCUAUAUGUCCAAAAAACGUGCCCCAUGUGCCACCAAGUCAUAAAGCCAUCGCCUCCUCCACCUGAGCCUCCUGGGCAGACAGAGGAAGAGGAACAGAUUCAUGAUCAACUACCAGACCUUCGGGGGGACAGUGCAACCACUGAGACAGGUGCUGAGGAGCAAACUGAAGCCCCAAACGCCGGGCCUAGCUCCAGUGGAAAUGGUAGACUACACCAUGAUGGUCAGGGGAAGACUGCAAGGCAGGAUGAAGGCAGGGCAACCUACCAGAGGACAGAACCCAAAGGAACUCUGACUCCAGAGGGAGACAAGCCUCUUGGAGUCCCAGAAUCGGAAGAAAGCCAGUCCGCGACAGGACUGGACUUGGAUGAGAUAGAGACAGAAAAUGGACAGAAGAGCCUGGACUGUGGCCAGGCUCCUCCCAGUGAACUAGGCCUCUUGCCCAGCACAGGUGGAGUGUGUGUACGGGACAUUGUGUGCAGUGAGUCAGCAAAUAGCAAUCAAGAUGUUAAACCUCUUCCAGAUAAUGCGGGAAUGCCAGUGGAGAGCAGGGAUUCUUCACCAAUUUACAAGAGGAAUCAACCCUCAGGAACAGAACUGACUUUGCAUGAUGAAGAGAGUUGACCCUGUUAGGAUUUGGAAAGAUAGGAAAGAAUGAAAGGGUAUAAACUAUAUUCCUGCUAAAACUAAAUUGGUUUAUGUUGACAAUCAAAUUUUGCGCUCUACAUGUGUAUGUAUAAAAAAUCUAAUUGAACUGUGACCUUUAUUUCGGUUUGACCAUCGUUCAGUGGCAGCUAUCUUGGAAGUUCCUGGUUUUCGGAGAAGUCAGGUAACGGCCAAAGUUGAUCAAACCUGGCCUGACUGUCAAGAACACGUUGAGAAGAGUGUUGCUUCCCAUCCUGAGCUUGUGUCUCACCCAGGUUGCCGGUGGGUAAAGGCUUACUGGUGGCCCGAGCUACCAAACAAUGACCAAGUGAAAACAGGUGUCUCCUCUGCCAGUCCUCUGCUCUUUGUUUUGUUUUUAUUUAUUUGUGCAUAUAGGGAUCAUUGACAAGAUGACCAUUCAUUGCCCCAUCCCUAAUAGCCAUUGACAAGCUGGAAGGUUAGUUUUCAGACGUUUCGUCACCAUUCUAGGUAACAUCAGUGACCCUCCGGUGAA